AUGGCGCGCAUCAACAUCCCAAUCGAUGCCUUGACCUCGCGCCUCAACUUCGGCGGCCGCUUCGACUCGCUGCGCUCGCAGUCGGUGGGUUCGCGCUUCGCCAACCUGCGACCCAUCUCUGAGUUCCUCGACAUCAAGCGCAUCAGCAAGCCACAGGACUUUGGCAUGGUCCAAAACCGUGUCAACUACAACUUGUCCUACUUCAGCAGCAACUAUGCUGCGCUCUUCGUCAUGCUCAGCAUCUACAGUCUAUUAACCAACUUGCUCCUGUUCUUUGUGCUGGUGCUCAUCAUCGGCGGCAUGUGGGGAAUCGGCAAGCUGGAAGGAAGGGAUCUGGAUCUCGGCUUCGCUCGAGCCACCGUCAGUCAGCUGUACACUGCUCUUCUUGUUGUCGCCAUUCCUCUUUUCUUCUGGGCUUCGCCAAUCUCGACCGUCCUCUGGUUGAUUGGUGCAUCUGGUGUCACGAUUCUCGGCCAUGCGGCAUUCAUGGAAAAAGACGUAGCAGCUAGUUUCUCCGAAGAGGCGGUAUAG